AUGUCGCCAUUCAAGGUGAUCAUUGUUGGCGGCAGCAUUGCUGGCCUGGCUUUGGCCAACAUGCUGGAACAGUACGACAUUGACUUUGUGGUACUAGAAAAACACGCUCUUGUUGCACCGCAACUUGGAGCCGGGUUCGCGAUUCAACCGAAUGGCGCGCGGAUUCUCGAUCAACUGGGUUGUUACCAGGCUCUCGAAGAAGCAAAUGAGCCGGUCAAUUCUCUGCUUAUGGCGGAUCGGUAUGGAGGUCCAGCCGUCAAUCUGGAGGAAUUUGGGCACUGGUUUCAAGAAUCGUUCGGUGCUAAGAUGCGGUUUAUGGACCGGAGAAAGGUGAUCGAGACGCUCUUCGAGAAUCUUCGUGAUAAAUCUAAAGUAAAGACCUCGCACAGCGCUGUCAAAAUCUUUUGUCAUUCCGAAGGGGUGGAGGUUGAAACAGCCGACGGUUCUCUUUUCCAUGGAGACCUAGUGGUAGGCGCAGAUGGUGUCCAUAGUCGUGUCCGGCGGGAGAUGCAGCGUAUCGCCGCUGAGCAUAGUCCUGGACUUGAUCUUUUCCCAGAAGCACAUGCAUUUACUUGUGAUUAUGGCGGCCUGUUUGGUAUAUCAAAGGCACCAGAGGGUAUUCUCCCUGACCAAGCAUUCAAGUGUUUCGGAGAGGGCCACAAUCAUCUCUGCGCAGCUGGACCCGACGGAACUCUGUAUUGGUUCUUGCCAUUCAAAAAUCAGCAAAAGACGCAAGGGAAAGCGAUUCCUCGCUAUACGGAAGAUGACCUGAAUCGAGUCGUUGCCUUAGCUCGGGAUGACAUCGUGAGGCCUGGUGUAAACUUCGGAGACAUCUACGACCGACGAAUUCGAGUUUCAAUUGUCCCCAUCGAAGAGGGUAUCCUGAAGCAUUCUUUUUAUAAACGAAUGGUGCUGCUUGGUGAUUCCUGGCACAAGGUCAAUCCCCUGGGUGGGCUAGGCGGAAACACUGCAAUACAAUCCGCUGCUGUUCUAGCAAAUGAGUUGAAGGAUACCAUAGUAAAAUAUGGAAAUAUCAACGAAGCUGGUCUGGACACGGCCUUGAAUAAUUAUCAACAGGCUCGACUAUCGCUAUCCAGCGAAGUUGUUGAUAAGUCUCACGGCAUACAAAAAAUGGAAGCUCUGGAAACACGCGUGACUAAGUUCAUUCAGUUAAAACUGAUCAAAAACGCGGGAAUGGAAGUGAUGGCUGAUGCGCUUGGUAAAAUGUUUGCUUCCACUCCACGCCUGAAGUAUUUGCCUCUAACCUCACGCGGUGGCUUUAUGCCGUUCGCUGACGAGGUUCGAGUCAAUCCUAAACAUCGCUCAGGCGCUGUCACUAUGCUUUUUGCUUUCUUCCUUGCUACCUUGAUGUUUCUCCUGUAUCCCCAUACGCAGCAAGAGAAGCCGACGUCGACAUCAGAGAAAAGAGCAAUUUUUGUCCAGCUCUACUACAACCUUUCCAUUACAGUCAUCACGGUUAUUAUAUCCGUCGAGUCGUAUCGCACAUGUUUCUCGAUUGGUCCAUUACGCAGUGCCCUUCCAUUCGGAAUAACUGCCAUUUUCGUCGGCUGGGAAUUUGUGGCGCCCCUAUACAUGGCUCUGUUCAUUUUCUUCACAGGCCUUGGGUCCUACUACUACCCCUCCCCAAGGGCGAUCGAUCUAGCCACUGCCCAAGCCCUCCAGCUUGCCUAUUUCGUCAACUAUCUCCCAGUUAUAGCAUAUACAUAUGCUUGCUCCACGUUCCCAUCGUUCACAUGGGCCUUUGCUCAUGCCACCCUGCCCCUCACUAUUCAGCUUGCUACUAAAUGGGUUUUGUGGCGGGCCCCUACUAGUUUUAGUCGUGGUGGUCCAGCCCUUCUGUGGGGCGAUCGAGAUCUGAAGUCGAUCUCCAAACUUUUCUUACUUUUGCAACUAAGUCUGCUCCUGGUAUCCUUUUUUGGAGAACCUCUAAAAGGGCACUCUAGGCUGAGGUUCGUCGACCUACGCUCGGUAUUGACCUCGGGAAAUCUGUAUGGAGGAGAUGAUGUCAAGGCAUUGCUGCUGGAUGUGAUGCUGAUGGCCUUUACGUGCUUUGUCAUUUGGGAUAUCCGUAGAGUCAAUGCUAGCUCCGAGACUUUGGGCUCCAUGAUGCUAUUUCGUGCUGCUAUGGGUCUCUCAUUGGGCCCUGGUGUAGCUCUCGCUCACCUGUGGGCAUCGCGAGAAACCGAAUGGGAAGCAUCACGGAGGAGACAGAGCUCCAUCGACAACGGAUUCGAUGAGAAGGAGACUUGA